AUGAGCAAGUCUGACUCGGAGGAGGAGGACUUCAUGUCCGACGCCUUUCUCGCCAGCGCCGUCGCUGCCGGUGCUGCCGCGUCGACGAGCACGGCGCCGCAGAGCCGCAAGCGCUCGCCGCCGCGCCGCGAGCCGGCGCCGCGCACGCUCUCGAAGCGCGAGCUGGCCGAGCAGGAGCGCGAGCGCCGCCUCGAGGGCCUCGAGCGCAACCUCAUGGCCUCGUACGACGACGGCCGCGGCGAGAGCAAGGCGCAGGCCAUGAUGCGCAAGAUGGGCUACGUGCCCGGCGCCGCGCUCGGCAGCGCCGCCGCCAGUGGCAGCGGCAGUGGCGUGCCGCCUCGCCGCAGCCGCUCGCCCGACCUGUCCGAGGACGAGAGCAGCUCGGCAGGCGAGACGAGCAGCUCGCGGCGCCGUUCGCGCUCGCCGCCGGCGCGCGGUGUGGUGCAGCCGAUCCGGCCAGACGAGCGCUUCGGCUCGUCGCGCAUGGGCAUCGGCAGUGCCGCCGUGUCGCGUGCCAUCUCGGCCGCCGCGGCGUCGUCAGCAGCCAAGGCGGGCGAGGCCAAGACGGAGCAGCAGCGCCUGGACGAGUUCCGCGCGCAGCGGCGCGGCGUGCACGAGGAGCGCAAGAUUGAGGGACAGCUGGCCAGCGCGCGGACCACGAGCGAGAGCUUGGAUCGCAAGGCAGGUGCCGAGUACUCGCCGCUCUGGCUCUCCGCACACUGGUUCGCGCCCGGCCGUGUGCCGCCGGCCGAGGCAGAGGAGCUCAUCAACAUGGCGCUCGGGCCGGAUAACGACGAGCUCGUUCCCAACGCCGUGCUCGCACCGAUACGCACGGAAGAGGAGGCUGAAAAGGACAGAGUGUCGCAGGAGCGUCGCGACGAGGCGCGGCGGUGGAUCUCGCUGCCAGCAGCCGCACGCCUGGCCAUCACGCUGGACCAUCUGCGCAGCGUGCACCACUACUGCCUCUUCUGCGGCUGCGCCUACGCCGACGCCGACGAGCUGGCGCAGCAGUGUCCGGGAACGGACGAGGAGGCGCACGACUAA